AUGUUUCGCGCCGCGCCAAAGUUCAGAUCAUUAGCACGCCCUUCAGCUCUCUACCGCCCGCUCACCACCGCCGCCCAUCUUCGCCGUCUCGUACAACCGAAAGAAGCCGUCAAAUCGCACAACGUUCGCUUUCUGCCUCCGCCGCUGUUCACCCCUCUUCGCAUCGCCACCUUCUUCCUUUACACGUCAUGUCUUGUUGGCUACGUCUGGUACUUCUUCCCGGAGCUCGAGAUUGAGAUACAAGAGGGCGAUGAGGAAGUCCAGAUAUCUGAUUCCGAAUUCGCCGAUGAGAACUCGCUCUUCAUUCCCAUGACCUGGGCAAAGAAACUGCCUCGCUCGUUUUACAAGGGUUCCGAUCCGGAGUGGCAAGAGUUUGUCAAGGUCUCAAAGGACAAGGCUCGCCACAAGAAGAUUCAAUUAUAUGACACUGCUCAAAAGCACCCAGCCUUCGUCAAACAGCUCGGUCGCGACACCAAGGUCGGCCAGUGUUGGCUCGACAUUAUCUUCCCGGACGGGCCGCCUCAGGAAUACGCCCGUGCUGGCAUUGAAGUCGGCAGUGACUAUGUCGCAUAUGCUCUCCAGCGCAUCGAUGCUCAGGAACAACAUCGAAUUGUUCGCACUCUAUGGCCCACAGCUGCGGCCAACGGUCUCUACAACAGCACCAAGGUCCUUCUUGGUUUCCAGUAUCAUCGUCUGAAACAGUUACUGGGUUGGGAAGUCGACUCUACGCCUGGCAGCCAGGAUGCCAAAUAUACGCAACUGCUACAACUACUGCAGGCUCAACAGGCCCAGCAGGCUGAACAGACAAAAUCACAAGCAGGCUCUGGAACGCCUGAGGCAGACAACUCGCAGACCAGUGCUUCUUCGCUUCUACCAUGGGCAGCCAAGGUGCCGCAACCGCCCUCCAGCAUAGAAAUGCCGAUAGCGAAACACAUCUUCCACGCCACACUGGCUCANGGGAAGAUGCCCAAGAAGAUGGAGCCACCCAGAGGAAGCUUUGUUGUCCAAGGAUUGAUUCAGCUUAAGGGCAGCAGAUCUAUCUUGACAUUGGAUGUGCAAGCUUUCUACGAUCCCAAGGCUAGCCAUUUCCUGGUUGUGAACGCCACUCCUAGGACCAUCAAGCAGCGCAAGCAGUCACCAAAAGGUGGCAACUGA